AUGCCCAAGAAACCCAUAUCUGGCGUCACGGAUGGCAUGUUUCUUUCCGAGAACGAAGUCUACGACGUCAUCCAACAAUACAUGCCAAGCGAGACUUUGAAACAAAACGAUUUGGCAGAAUGGAUGAGUAAGGACGGUUUUUGGGGCCCUGCCAAACGAAAACAAUAUCGCGACUUUACUUGGGACGACAUAUGCAAUAUUCAGCAAUUCCGAGCUAUGGUGAAAGCGUCCCUUUCAAGCAUUCGCACGAGCGGAUACGGAAGGAAAAGC